AUGCAAUCUCAACACCCCUACCAAGCCGGAUGGGCUAACCACAGCCAAAAUGCCUACCCCGAGAUGGACGCUCGCGCAAGCGAACAACAAUUUGUCAACAACAAAGCCAUGGAGCUUGUCGCCAAAUCCCUAGACGCCUAUUACACAGCGAGUGCGCUAGCCCAGUCCGUGGAGACGAUGACGGCAAGGAUGCAGAUCAACGAGAGUAACGGUCUUGACAGACACAAGGCCGACUUCGAUGCACUGAUGGCUUGGGCUAUCGAAGAGAAGCCCGCGUUUGUCAAAAUGCUGACAGCUUUGGGCGAUGAGCUCCCACCGAAGAUGGCGGCGGCGCUGCACAAGCUCCAUCGCGACGCACCACUGCGUCAACCGUAUAAGCCCGAGAAGACGGCCGCGUCUAUACAAGAGGAGCUCAACAGGAAAAUUGCAAAGGUCCUAGGGCGGGAUAACGAGCGGCCCGAAGAAAAGCUGUCGAUGGCCGACAGCACUAUAGAUUCAACAGAGCGGCUCCAAGAAAAGCUGUCGACGGCCGAAAACACUAUAGAAUCAUUGAAGAAAGACCUCGCCAAGGCAAAGGCUGACUCUGCCCGACAAGCUGAAGAACUAGCUCAGGAGAAGAAAAUUUCACGCUGGCAAGGGGAGAGGAUUGUUGAAUUCCUAGACGCACUCGCUGAUAUCGAGGAGAUGUCCGAGGAGAGCUGCCGACACUCUCGUGCUGCGAUCAACAUACCCACGACGACAACGACGGCAACAUCUCCCUCUGCAACUCCAGCAAGCCCCAAUAGACGAGCUCUCUGA